CACAUACAGACCAGGCCCCUAACCACUUCCUGGGAGCCUGCGUGCCAGCAGCCUGGAACUCAGAGCCAAUCCUGGAGCCUGCACAAUCAAUCCAGACUGAAGCCGAUGUCUUCUAGAGAGACCGAAGUGCAAUCCAGCCAGGGCGCAGCAGGAUUUUGAGAGGCCCGAAUGCCUCCGAGUCCACCAGGGGACCGCUGGGACUAAUUCUCUUGUCAAACUUGUGGCCAGCCAAAACUGCCAUGCUACACAUCCCUGUUAUCUUUGGUUACCGUCCAAGAUAUGCUCUUCCAUCUGGACUCUGUAAUGCACUGCAUUAGCCCUCUACCCAGAAAAUGUCAGCUCUCCGUCAAAGUAGGAAGCCUCUCUCUGCAUCCCAAAUGGGAAAAAUGCUGACAGAACUUUUAACUUCAAAUUUUAUGGAGUGGCUUACAGAAGAGAUGAAAUGUGGUCUGAGGGACGAUAUGACUAUGAAAGACCUCCAAGAGAAAGAGUACCUCCUCGAAGUCACCCCAGUGAUGGCUACCAUAGAGUAGUUAAUAUUGUGCCAAAGAAACCACCACUGCUAGACAGACCUGGUGAAGGAAGCUACAGUAGAUAUUACAGUCAUGUUGAUUACCGAGAAUAUGACGAGGGCCGCAGUUUUUCUCAUGAUCGAAGAAGUGGUCCACCUCACAGAGGAGAUGAACCUGGCUAUCGGUGGACAAGAGAUGAUCAUUCUGCAAGCCGACAGCCUGAAUACAGGGACAUGAGAGAUGGCUUUAGAAGAAAAAGUUUCUACUCUUCCCAUUAUGUGAGAGACCGGUCUCCUCAUAAAAGAGACACUCCUUUUUUCAGAGAAUCACCUGUAGGCCGAAAGGAUUCUCCACACAGCAGAUCUGGCUCCAGUGUCAGCAGUAGAAGUUAUUCCCCAGAAAGAAGCAAAACUUACUCUUUCCAUCAGUCUCAACAUAGAAAGUCCGUGCGUGCUGGUGCCUCCUACAAACGGCAGAAUGAAGGAAAGCCAGAAAGAGGUAAAGAAAGACCUGUUCAGUCUUUGAAAACAUCAAGAGACACUUCACCCUCAAGUUCUUCAGCAGUUCCUUCAUCAAAGGUGUUAGAGAAACCCAGUAGGCUAACGGAAAAGGAACUUGCUGAGGCUGCAAGCAAGUGGGCCGCUGAAAAGCUAGAGAAGGCAGAUGAAAGUAACUUACCUGAAAUUUCUGAGUAUGAGGCGGGAUCCACAGCACCAUUGUUCAUUGACCAGCCAGAAGAACCUGAGCCAAAUGCAACAGAUGGCAUAGAAUUAUUCGAAGACAGUCAGCUAACCAGUCGCUCUAAAGCAAUAGCCUCAAAAACCAAAGAGAUUGAACAGGUUUACCGACAAGACUGUGAAACUUUUGGGAUGGUUGUGAAAAUGCUGAUUGAAAAAGAUCCUUCAUUAGAAAAGUCUAUACAGUUUGCAUUGAGACAGAAUUUACACGAAAUAGGUGAGCGGUGUGUUGAAGAACUCAAGCAUUUUAUUGCAGAGUAUGAUACCUCUAGUCAAGAUUUUGGAGAGCCUUUUUAGAUUACUUGCUCAGGCAAAAAAAAACAAAGUUUUUAGAUUUUUUUCCCCCCUGGAUUGCGUAAAUCCUUAAUAUAUGGAAUUUUUGUGAUGAAGAGAUAUACUUUAUGACAGUGACCAUAUUUCCAAUAUCAAAUAAACAUCUAAAAUAGUCUAAGAUAUUUUAAUUAGAAUUUUUGGUUAUCUACAUGUAGAGCUUCCUAAUCCAUACUUAUCUUUUUUUCCCUCCUAAAAUGAUGGGUCAGUUAAUUUUUCAAGCUUUCUUGAAAAUGCAGUCCUGGAGAGCAGCUUUCUGCACUUACUCAAGUCCUGUAGUCUUCCUUAGUAUACAAUCAUUUGUUUGGUCACACUAGUGUAAUGUAUAGGUUAGAGGUCAUUCCACUGAAACAUUUAUAGUCUUUUUGCAUUUCAUAGUCAGUGAUACCAUGUGAAGAUGUUAGAAUCCUGAGGUGAUCUUAUUGACUUGUUGCUUGCUUAUCUUAGGUUUUAUAACUUUUAAUAUGUUUAAGUAUAUUACCCAAAUAAACUGAAUACUUUGUUAUCUUAGAGAAUAGUCACUUUGAGGAUAAUUCUCAUUGUGAUAAAACAGAGCACUUAAAUCUCUAAAAGUCACCCCAUAAUAAAAUCCUGUUUUCCAAGUAAA